AUGGAGGAGGCUAGAAAGGGAAAACAGUGCUUGUGGAAAUGGCAUUUGUUUUUUUCUUUUAUUUGGCAGGCAGAGUUGCGAGCAGCUGUUUUUUUGGCACUGGAAGAACAAGAGAAAGUGGAGAACAAAACCCCUUUGGUAAAUGAAAGCUUGAAAAAAUUUUUGAGUACAAAAGAUGGUCGCUUGGUGGCAGGUCUUGUUGCAGAAUUUCUACGUUUUUUCAAUCUUGAUUUUACGUUGGCUGUUUUUCAGCCCGAAUCAAGCACAUUAAAUGGCUUGGAUGGUCGAGAAAACUUAGCUCGAGAUCUGGGAAUUACAGAAGUGGAAGGUACUGUGGGUGGUCCCCUGUUGUUGGAGGUUGUUAAAAAAUGUCAGCAGAAAAAGAUUUCAGGCAGUGGAGAAAUUGCUCCAGUUCUAAGUGGUAGCCUGUGCUCCACAACAACAUCAUCAGAUGGAAGAUCAAAUACACACCCCAUACCGAGUAAGGUUGCUGAAAGCACUCAAAGUGAUACAAGUGUCUCAUCAGGGGAAGCAAGCAAAAAAAGUAUUCAUUUUCUGCCUAAUGAAACAAAACUAGAUCCUCAGUUGCAAAACAAAGACUUAAAUACAACAGAAAAAAGUGACCCAGGUAUGGAUGAAGAUGAUGUAGAGGGAGAUUCUUUUUUUGACGAUCCUAUACCCAAACCAGAAAGAACUUAUGGCUGGAAAACUGAAUCCAAUAAAGCAGGAAGUCUAGCAUCCCUUUCUGAUGCACCGCCUCUGAAAAGUGGGUUAAGCUCCCUGACUGGUGCACCUUUGCUAAAGGAGCCUGAUGAUUUGAACAGAAAUUCUGUUUUGAAAGACCUGCGGUUAGUGAAUGCAAAACUGGGAUCUUUAGAAUUAGGAAAUGGAGAUGACGAUGAGUAUGCUGAUGACUUCAACAGUACUAGCCAUCGCUCAGAGAAAAGUGAUAUCAGUAUUGGCGAAGAAAUAGAUGAAAUUUCUGUUGAAACAGAAGACUUGAAUGCCAGUGAUAAACUUGAAGACAUCACACAAGACCAAACCAUUUCUCAAUUAAGUGAUGUUGCAGAUUAUCUAGAAGAUGUGGCAUAGAAUUGAACAGCAAAAAUGUUUCAUUGUGCUGGACUAGAAGACUGCUGUGGACCAUUAAUUUCAGACAAUCACUUUUGCUGGAAUGUCCACUCCCUAUUUGUGCCUUGUUUCAAAAAGACUGGAGGUGGAGAGGGCUUUUAAAUAUUCUUAACCAGAACUAAAUGAAACUGUGUUCCCAUUUGAAUCUGAUAUUAGAAUUAUUUUCUUCAUUUGGUUCAGCCAAGCCUAUUACAACAGGAGAUGGGUUUUCCAAGCAGAAUGUCCAUUGCUGGCAGUGGGCAUAAUAAAAAGCAGUGCAUCAGAGAACAUCUGCACAGAGGCAUGUGGCUUUACAAUGAAAUUUUUUAAUUUUAUUUUUAGAGAUAACCAAAGCGAGAACCUUCAGAGGUAGUGCUUCAAACUUCUUGUAGUUUUAACACAGUUUUUUUCGAGUCAGCAUGUCAUAUAUUUAUGGUAAAUCUAGCCACAAUACCUAGUUGCUCCAGACUUACUUGAAACUACAGUUUUUCAGACUUUUCUGAAAGUCAGACUUCUUUUUAAAGGCUUAUCAAGUUAAGCAUAUAUGAACUCUCAAAUCUAAAUUUAGCUAAAUUUAGGAGCUAAAUUUAGUACUAGUCUUAACUCCAAAUAUUCUUGUUUAAAUACGUUUGUCAGACCAUUGAUGGCAAGACCUAAGCUGUUCUCAUGUAUGAUAAUUUCAUCUAUGUUACUGGUUGCUAAAUCAUGAAAAUUAAUUCUGUAAGGAUCCACAAAUCAUUAACUAAAUCUUCCUGUUUUUUUUUUUUUUGUUGUUGUUGUUGUGGUUUUAAUAGCGUGAUAAUGAUUUGUGGAGUUUUUGUUAUUGAGGGCUCUUCCUUUGCUGUAAGCACACUUUCAUUCUUGAAAAUCCUUGUAUGAAAAUGAGCGCCAAAAAGUGAAACCACUAACUGUUUUUCAGAAUGUAACUGCUGUAUAGAAGUAAAUCCAAAAAGUUAAAAAUAUGAUACCGAAGACAUUAUUGAUGCUAAGUUCUAGCUAAGAGCAAAUUUCUUUAUUUUCAUUGUAGUCUUGCAAAACAGGGUCAGUAAUGGAAACGUUGACAGUUCCUUAACGAUACUAUUGUGCACGGCGCUGCUAUAAUAUAUAGGUCAUGGACAUUCAACAUACUGAAACUAGACUUCAAAAUGAGCACUUUCUGAACAUUGUGAACACGUUUGGAAAAUAUAUAUGUACAUGAAUAUAAAUAACUUAAUCAUUUUUUUAGACUUUGUAAAUUGUUUUUUUAAUUAUUUUUUCUUGAAAACCAUUGUCCGCUCAUCAAUGGCCACCUCAGAAGUAGCAUGCUAAACUAAAGCCAUUGGUUAAGCAUAUAGAGCUGCUACUAGUUUUGGAUGCUGACUUGGAACUUUCUUGCACUGGGCCAGCAGGCAUGGAGCAGUGCUGGAAAUUUAGGCUUGUACAGUACAUAAAUAAUGAGAGGAGGGGGGAAAAGUGUGCCUUUUAUUUAUGUGCACCCCAAAAUAAGCCAGCAAAAGCAUCAGAAUAUUUAGUCACCAUGUUAACUUCUAACUUUGUGCCAUGUUGUAGCAGCUGAGGAGAAUUUUUUUUAACCCCAAAAAAUCAAUGUGCCAUAGACUCAUAGACUUCAAAUAACAGCAAUGUUGUAAAAAUGAUACACCCCGUGUAAAAUUUGCGUAUACUUUGGGGGAACCUGUGCCUCAAGAUACUACAUGUAAAAAGGUCGUUUCUGUUUGAAUUCUUUUAAGGAGAGUAACAGCAUGUCUGAAGGAUGUAAAUGCCCACUUGAACACUUGGGAACAAUUGGUUUCUGGCAUUCAUUUUUAAGGUAUAUGAAGUAAUGUAGAGACAGUGCUAUUUGUGUUUUUACAUGUCUUGGGAAAACAUGAUACUGUUACCUGUUAGCUGUAGGAUAUCUCGCAGUUUGUCAUACCAAAAGAAGCUAAAAUUUUAUUAAAUGAAUUUUAAUUGCAUUUGAAGAUGUGGCCUUUAAAUAACUAAUUAAUAUUUAAAAUGUUAACAUCACUUUUGUUAACAGCAGUGUGUUGUUCUCUUACCUUGGGAGCUAAUUGGAGACCUUGCAUUUUGGCUUUCAAUUAGGAAAUGCCAAAAGGUGGUAAGUCUCUGUGCUGUUCCUCCUGUGGGAUUUUACUGAAUUGUGUAUAAUACUUCAAGUUGCAGAAUAAAGCUGUUGUGCUGGCUAA